CGCGAAUUGAAAAAUAAAUUGUGGGAGAGAAUCAGGUACGGUACCGCAUUCCUGGUCUACCACGCCACCCUAUUCCUAAAGUUGCCCUUCAGAUACAGAUUCCAUCGUUUUUUCUUCGAUAAAAGACUGCCAUUUCCGUUUCUUCUUCUGUCUGUUUCUCUCUCAUUUUCCCCUCUUUAACAAUGGCGGACCAGCUCACCGACGAUCAGAUCGCUGAAUUCAAGGAAGCCUUCAGUCUCUUUGAUAAGGACGGAGAUGGCUGCAUUACUACCAAGGAGCUGGGAACGGUUAUGCGGUCAUUGGGGCAGAACCCGACCGAGGCUGAGCUUCAGGAUAUGAUCAAUGAAGUUGAUGCUGAUGGGAACGGGACAAUUGACUUUCCAGAGUUCCUUAAUCUCAUGGCUCGUAAGAUGAAGGACACAGAUUCAGAAGAGGAGCUGAAGGAAGCUUUCCGGGUGUUUGACAAGGACCAGAACGGGUUCAUCUCUGCUGCUGAGCUUCGCCAUGUCAUGACAAACCUUGGCGAGAAGCUUACUGACGAGGAGGUUGAUGAGAUGAUUCGUGAGGCUGAUGUUGAUGGGGAUGGUCAGAUCAACUAUGAGGAGUUUGUCAAGGUCAUGAUGGCCAAGUGAGAAUUUGAUCAAACUCUCACUCAGUCUUUAGGCCUAUAAAAGAAAGAAUGAAAACCAGGGCAGAUAAGUUUGAGAUUUCAAAUUUCUUUGUUAGGAUUGUCUUCUUUUUUUUGGUGCUCUGCAUAUUUUUCUUUGUUUCAUAAUGCUACUUACUCUUUAGUUAUGUUUGCUGUGUUCCUUGUUUUUUGUAGUUGUGGUUGUUAGUGACUUCUGGUAGUAUAAGCCUGCCUGCCAUUGGAGAACUUGCUUGUUUUUCUUCCCUUAGUGACAUUUUUUGUCAUUAAUCUAAAUUCUACUCAUACCCACAUUUUCUUUCUAAUAUCAUGUGAUUUACUUUUGAGAAA